GUGGGGAAUGUAGUUACAGGUGAAGUGCUCUAAAGUAGGGGGGUCAAAUAAAGGCUGGAAAGUUUUGACUGAGGUCGUCAUACCGCACAGUUUCUCUAAACAGGUUGGAUUGUAAGUCGCAACAAGACAGAGAAAAUGAAGGUCCUACAUUCAGUGGUUUUUCUGUGUAUAAUUGGAUUUGUGGCUGCAAACGUGGCAAGCGAAUUUGAAGCUGCUCAAAUCAAACCUGAUAUCAUUAAAGAUGCACCCAACUCGUUGAUCACGGUCAAAUAUGGAGGUAAAUCCGUAAGCCCAGGAGACGAAUUGACCCCGACUGAAGUCAAGCACGUUCCAGAAAUUCAUUAUGAACACGAAGGUGGCGUUCUUUAUACCCUUGUAAUGACAGACCCUGACGUACCUAAUACUCGUGGAUAUAACCGUGAGUUUCAGCAUUGGGUCGUCGGAAAUAUUCCUGAGGAUUCAGUAGCGAAAGGUGAAGUUUUAACUGCCUAUGUUGGAUCAGGACCCCCAAAAGGCAGCGGAUUGCAUCGCUAUAUUUUUCUCCUUUACAAACAAAAUCAAGGAGCUAUUACAUUCGAUGAAAGACGUUUGAGCUCAAGGGAUGGAACAAAGAGAAGACGUUUCUCCGUUCAGAAAUUUGCCGAAAAGUAUGACUUGGAAGGUCCUAUUGCAGGAAACUACUUUAAAGCACAAUACGAUGAUUACGUACCAACAGUUCACAGACAGCUAGGUUUCUUUUAAUUCGCUUAACAACGACUAAAAGAAUCGAAAUAUGUACCUAUAAUAUGUAACAUACAUGCAUGUACGCACAUACAUGUAGUUUGUUGAUCUAUUUUCCUCUUAAUAAACUGAAACUUUGACUUGAA